AGUUCAACGGUUUGCUUCUUUGCGCAUGCGUCCUCACAGCUAUGACAAAUUGUACCGCUCCUCGGUACAAUAUACAACCGUAUAUUACAGUAUGAGGAGAGAGCGCAGAGUAUGGUAUUGACUUAGACUGAUGAAAAUAUCAUGACCCGGUUCUUCAGCGGUCACAUUUGCUAAGUUAGCCGUAACCGUUGGCGCAGCUAAAGCUAGCUCGGUCGUGUCUGUUGUUGCCCUUUCCACUAAAGUGCCUGAAACAAUGCAGAGAGUGAGAUAUUUAAAGACUGGCUGGCAGCUGCUGAAAUCAAGCUACGAGGGAGCAGCAAAGCAAGCGAACACCCAGUCUUCGGCCUCAAGAUGUUAUAGCCAUGCGAGCAGCUCCUUCGGGCUCCUCUUUGACAUUGACGGGGUGCUGGUGAGAGGCAAGACUCCGAUCCCUGCAGCCAAGCAGUGCUUCAAAAACCUGGUGGACCGCAGUGGAAAAUACAAGGUCCCUGUGGUGUUUGUCACUAAUGCUGGGAACUGCAUGAGGCAGACAAAAGCGGAACAUCUGUCACAUCUGCUUGAGGUGGAGGUGUCUCCAGACCAGGUGAUGCUAUCCCAUAGUCCUUUGCGAAUGUUUACCCAGUUCCACAAAAUGCGUGUGCUGGUCUCCGGACAGGGUCCAGUAGAGGAAGUCGCUCAUAACCUGGGCUUUCAGGAUGUUGUUACUAUAGAUGUGCUCAGAGAAGCGUACCCAGUCCUAGAUGUUGUGGAUCACAAUAGAAGACCCAAAGAUGUUGUCCCGCCCACUAAAGGUUUACGGCCAAUAGAUGCUGUUGUUUUAUUUGGUGAGCCUAUUAGAUGGGAGACCAACCUCCAGCUUAUUGUUGAUGUGCUCCUAACUGGUGGGAACCCAGGCAGCACUUGGAGUUCAGCGCAUUAUCCUCACAUCCCCGUCCUGGCGUGUAACAUGGACCUGCUGUGGAUGGCAGAGGCCUGGAAUCCCCGGUUUGGUCAUGGUAUGUUCCUGGUGUGCUUAGAGUCUCUGUACAAGAAGGUCACAGGAUAUGAACUCAAGUACGAGGCUCUGAUUGGGAAGCCCAGUGUGGUGACUUAUAACUACGCUGAGCUGCUGAUUAGACAACAGGCUGAAAGACUUGGCUGGACCACGCCUGUGAAGAGGGUGUAUGCUAUAGGCGAUAACCCCAUGGCCGACAUAUAUGGCGCCAACCUCUACAAUCGCUACCUCCAGUCUUCUCGUCGCACCAAGGCACAGAUGCAGGCUCAGAGUGCUGGUGGAAGUGUAGAUCCCUCAGCUGUUGAUGACACCCCUAAAAUGACAUCAGCAGAACUAGGUGGAGCUUCAGGUGUGGCAGAAAGAGAUCUGCCCGAGGGAUGUAGCUCAAUCCUGGUGUGCACAGGAGUGUACAGCAAAGACCAACAGGAGCUGCUCUCAGACCCAACGCAAACGGUCACAGAACAACGCAUCUUCCACGGUCACAGAGACUUCCGCUUCGAUCCCAGCCUCACUCAACCGUCCUUCAUGGUGCAUGAUGUAAAGGAGGCGGUUGAGUUGGUAUUUAAGCAGGAAGGCUGGCCUCUACAGUAGGGGUCCUAGGUUCUGUCUCCAUCUCAUAGUCUGAUCUUUCACCAUUAGCAACAGGUUAUCAAACCAUUCCCUUGAUUAUUACAGGGGAGAAGUAGCUGUUACUGUGUUAUAACGUGCCAUAGAGUCAGCUGUGAAAAGCAAUAAUAUGCCGUUUUAACACCGAAUACAUAGAAGCUGCAUUUUAAAUCAGUCAUCCAUAAUAGUACAUCAGACCAUGCUGAAUUCUUUAAAAAAAAGUUUAAGUUUUCAAUAAUAGACAUCACUGUUUCUGAGUCAAGGAAUUAAAUGGACUAUCUGUCCUGUCACCUUUUAUAUAAAAAUAAAACGAAUUUAAAAUUCAGGUUUUUGAGUACAUACAUUAAGUUGUUGAAUUACACAUUUUAGUACUUUGUGUCUUUAUACAGCUCUUUCUGAAUCAGUCUAAACUUGUUGGAAAGAUGUAACUGUGGAGGAAUUCCAACUGAAAUCCACCCAUGAGCUUAUCAAUACUUUAGUUUUGUGGCAGUACCACUUCAGGCAUUUGCACAGUCAAAAAAAAAAAAAAAUACACCCCUAUAGGCCCUAAUUUGUUUUUACUGCUGUCAUAUUUUACCUAAUUAUUUUUUUUAAACAUGAAUGUAUAAGCUCUGUUUAAGUUGCCAGCUAUGAGUGUAUUACAUCAUUUUUGACUUCAGCCAGCAGCAUGUCAAAUUUUAUUUUGAAAAUAAGUAGUCUUAUUUUCUGAAGUUGGUGGAAUUUAACAGUAGGGGUUUUCACAUAAUGAAUAGUGAA